CCGUGCAAGUAAUCAGUCACGUGAGGAUAAGUCGCCAGGCGCGCAAAACAAAAUGGCGGCCAAGUCGAGGGAGUUCUCUUUUAAGGAGCUUUCAUCCAGGUCCAACCUAAUUGAUUACCCUGAGGAUGACGAGGACGAAGACACUGCAAAAGCUCCAAGAAGAAACCCAUUUGACUUUGGUGACACAAACACUCCAGCUCUGGACUUCUCCUUUGGUGCAGACUCCAAGUUUGUCAGUAACACAGAAGUCAAUGAGUUUUUCAAGGCGUCCCGUCCCAUUGCCAUAACCGAUGAUGAUGAGCCACUAGGAGCUGCUUGGGGAGGGGCACAGUAUAGUCUUAAAGCGGAAGAACCCAAAGCACAAGUCCAGUCGGCAAGACUACGAUCUGGUAGCUCUAACCAAGCGACUGCUCAGUCCAGUCCAGGGAAAGUUUAUAGUUGGGCCAACCCCACAGCAACAAAGCCAAAAGUAUUGACAAGUGCAAGCAAACCCACAUCUUAUGCGACAAAGACAGUUCCACCUCCCCCAAAGCCUACCCAGCACCCAACAAAGUCAGUCCCUGCCUCAUCUGUGAGAAGUAAUACAGGAUCACCAGCCGCAGCUCUACAGACCGUCAGUGCAUCUAUUGAUGAUGUUAUAAAGCAAACUCCACAAAUAUCAGUCCACGAGUAUCAACUAUUACAGAAAGAGGCAGGGCAACUCAGGCGGGAUUUACAAGCAGCUAGACAAAGUCGGAUGAAGGCACCACCAGUUGCUGAAUCAAUAAAAAGAAUCAUUCGAGGGGAGCCAUAUUCCCUAGAACUUUACAAGUCCCUCAAGGAGAAAGUAGAGUUACUUGACGUUGCUGUGAAAAUGCACGAUGGCAAUGCUAUUAUUGCCGUCAUAUUGUUUCUCAAGAAAACAGUAAAAAGUAGCAUUUUCCUAAAUGAAGUGUCCAAGCGUCCCAAAGCAGUCGCUCACUUGUCCAAAUAUUUGAAGGAUCAUUAUGAUUUUGAUGAGCUGGCCAGACUUUACAGGAUAACUGGAAAUCACGAAGAAGCAGCGCUUUUGAAACUUAAUCAGAUUAUGAAAUUAGAAGAUGCAAAAGACAGAUUAACAGGCCUGCGAGUAUGCUUACGUGAUGAUUUGCAGCCGUUUCCUCAGCUAGCUGACCUAUCAUCUACUUCGCAAGACUAUGCCACUUUGCUAGAGAUGCAGAUUCCCUUAGAGGCUGCAGAUGUAAAAGCUGAAAUGGAGAGGAGAAAUAUGUCAAUGACCACACAUCCUCGCCAAGCUAGCGUGACCCUCUGCCCUGUCAUCACCACCUUAUAUUACUGCUGCCUCUACCACUAUCAAGACUCUGCGGCACAAAAGAGUAGUCCGAUGUGGAUUAAGAGUACAUUCAAGUUAUCUGAUAAGCAAGUAGAAUGGACGGCCUUGACAUCCAGGGCUAAGAUGCACUCCUGGAAGGACAUCGAUGACAUUCUCACUGGCAAGGGCUGGUUCGGAUCAUCCAGGUGCCGGUCGUUAAUUGGAUUUGAGAAUGUAGUGAACGUCCUGCAUCGGAAUAAAGCCCCAGAAAAUGUUUUAAGCAAGUACUUAAGACUGAUUGACGACCAUAGCAGGCGCAUAUCCCUAGCCACAAAGUGUAAAUGCUAUGAUGUAGCCAUUGAGACUAUUGUUGCGCAAAAAGAUCGCCAGAGUCUGGUACAAUACCGACAGAAUUUGCCUGACAACGCUCCUCAGCAUCAGACCAUCAUGAGCUACUUGAGGAAUUCGCAAAUCCGAUGGAAAAAUUAAAAGAUCAACAAUUUAAAAUUCACACAAUUUCCACAAUACGCUGGACGACAAGGUUCAAUAUACGGCGAGUUUUUUAAAGCCGCAUUGUCACCAUUUUACUUCCGGUCGAGUACGUAACAAUAUCCAAUGAUUUUUAACGGAAAAAUAUUUCAAAAUAUUGAAAGCAGUGUGUUUAUUGAAAGUUUCUUUGAGGAUCUGAUUGAUAAUUUAAAGCGGAUGGCCUGAUUUUAAUAGAUUAUUUUGUUUUUUAACGGUUGAGGUUUCCGUCGGACCUCCGGAAGUAAACUGGUGACAAUGCGGCUUUAAGGAAGGGCAUUCAAGACGACAUUUCACGCUCUCGCACAACACCAAGUCCUCUCCCUUGACCCUCUACGCAGGCUACGUCUGUAUUUUCUUCAGAAACCGAGAUAAUGAGUAAUGCAUGAUAUGGCAUUUAAAGAGCCCACAGCGACAAUAAAAAUGAAAAACAAAUUAAAA